AUGGCUAAUGGUGAAAUGAGCUGCAUAAUGAAGAAUGCACGUUUUAUCAUAGUGCUCUUCAAUAUUGUACUUUUCUUGAUUGGUGCGGCACUUCUUUUAGGUUGGAUCUACCUCAUGAUUGAUCCAAGAUUUCGACAAAUCAAAAACAUUUUACCAAUUAGUAUUAAUUCUAAUGUUGAAAAUAGUUUAUCAUAUCUUGAACUAAUGGCUAUUUCUACGAUUAUCCUUGGUUUUCUUCUUUUAAUCAUUGGAUGUUUCGGAUGUUGUGGUGCAAAGAAACAAGUUAAAUUGUUUCUUACAUCCUAUGCAAUCAUUGUUGGAGUUAUGAUUCUUUUUGAAGUGACUAUAACAAUCUAUUUCGUUAUCUUUCCAGAUAAAUUUGAAGGACAAUUGGUACCAAAAUUACAAAGAUUAAUUCAAAACAUAUAUGAAGGGCCAUACCCGUUACUCAAAAAUAGAAUUCCGGAACCAUCGUCGUUUUCAGUUGCUUGGGAUUUAGUCAUGUACAAUUUGCAAUGCUGUGGUGUCAAGAACAAGACUGAAUUUCUCAAUCGUAAUGGUAAAUGGGAUCGGACGAAUCCAUGGUAUAAUAGUGCAAUUAUAUCGCCUGAAGCUGCAAAGUUCACUUAUCCGUUGACGUGCUGCCCAUUGGAUGGUGUUCUGAAGCCAAACUGGGAAUUUUUGCCUCUCCGGUAUUUCCCAACCCUUGCGCCAUGUGCUAUCCAUGGAACUGGCACUUAUGAUGUGGUGAGUUUGUUUAUUGUAGUACGCAUGAAGGCAUGGGCAGCACAAGCUCAACUUUUUACGGAAAGCAAUAAGCUUUAG